AAGGCCGUGUCAGAGACACCCGCCAUUGCAACCGUAUCCGAGGACGAGGACGAGGAUGAGGCCGAGCCUCCGCCGGUGAUCGCCCCACGACCAGAGCACACGAAAUCAAUAUACACUCGCUCAGUCAUCGAACCCCUCCCUCUUCCCCCUCCGACCAAAGAUGCCGCGACCUCCCCCAUCAACCCGCCAGCCGCUGCGGCCGCCGCCGUCACCCCCGCGCCGCCUGCAGACGGAGCUCCCAGCAGCCCUCCCAGUGCGAGCCCUGCCCCCGGACCCUCCCUCUCCCGCCCCCUGGACAAAACCAGGAAGAAGAAGAUGUCAGACGAGGAGAUUCUGGAGAAACUACGGACGAUUGUAAGUGUCGGAGACCCCAAGAAGAAAUAUACACGGUUUGAGAAGAUCGGCCAGGGGGCGUCUGGGACGGUGUACACAGCCAUCGACAUCGCUACGGGACAGGAGGUUGCCAUCAAACAGAUGAACCUGCAGCAGCAGCCGAAGAAAGAACUGAUCAUCAAUGAGAUUCUGGUGAUGAGGGAAAAUAAAAACCCGAACAUUGUCAACUACCUGGACAGUUACCUGGUGGGUGACGAGCUGUGGGUUGUGAUGGAGUACCUGGCCGGAGGUUCGUUGACUGACGUCGUCACAGAAACCUGCAUGGAUGAAGCCCAGAUAGCGGCCGUGUGUCGAGAGUGUCUCCAGGCGUUGGAGUUCCUCCACUCGAACCAGGUCAUCCAUCGAGACAUCAAGAGCGACAACAUCCUGCUCGGCAUGGACGGCUCCGUCAAACUCACUGACUUUGGGUUCUGCGCUCAGAUCACCCCAGAGCAGAGUAAGCGCAGCACCAUGGUCGGGACGCCAUACUGGAUGGCUCCGGAGGUUGUGACCCGUAAAGCGUACGGUCCCAAAGUGGACAUCUGGUCGCUGGGCAUCAUGGCCAUAGAGAUGGUGGAGGGAGAGCCGCCGUACCUGAAUGAAAAUCCACUGAGGGCGCUGUAUCUCAUAGCAACUAACGGUACGCCAGAGCUGCAGAACCCAGAGAAACUGUCGACGAUAUUCAGAGACUUCCUGAACCGAUGUCUGGAGAUGGACGUAGAGAAGAGAGGGUCGGCUAAAGAGCUUCUGCAGCAUCAGUUUCUGAAGAUGGCGAAGCCUCUCUCCAGUCUGACUCCUCUCAUUGUGGCUGCCAAGGAAGCCGCCAAGAACAACCGCUAGCGAGCCUUGCACACCUUCAUUUGUCGGUCUAUCUCUCUCUCUCUCUCUCUUUCUCUCUCCUUCUCUCUCCAUCCCUCCUUCCUUUCUCUUUCUCUUCCUAUUUUCUUCGGGAGGUGGCGAUGGCUGCUGGGUUACAUUACCAGCCUUUCUCUCCCCCGCCCCCUCCCCCCCUGUUCCCCUCACAGGGAGAACGAACGUCAUUCAGUUUGCUCCUGUAACUUCUUUUUUCAACACUCCACUGGACUCGGACAGGAAGUUGCAAGCUAACUGAGUGACAUCAUCUGUUGGUCAGCGAUCACGUGAUGUCCUUGCAUUGCGGACAUCACCGCCCCCUCAGUUCGACCUGAUGUGGGAGAGAGAUUGUUUCAGCAGAGCCCAAAGACUCAUGGGACUUUUUCUUUGUUGGUUUUUUUUAUCAGUGUUUUUUUUCUACCUUGUCUUUAAAAGCCUCGGACCACAACAGCCAACCAGCGCCCUCUGCUGCAGACUGUGUGUGAGUGUGUGUGUGAGCGCAUGCAUGCGUACGUGUGUGUGUGAGACAUCUUCCUGUCAAUCAUCUGUGGGUUUCAGUGUGACUCAUUCUAUCAUCCUCUAAAAGUGCAUUUGAUGAUUUUCAUUUCAUAGUUUUUUUUAAAUCAGCCUUUGUGUGUGUGUGUGUGUGUGUGUGUGUGUGUGUGUCUGGGGGAUGUUAGGAUGUGAGUCGGUUGUCACCUUGUGUAGUUUUUGACUCGGAGCAGAGGAGGUUUGGUUCUGUGUCGUGUCUGUAGUGAAAUCUGUGAGCUACAGAAUCUUAAUAUUAAUUCUAAUGAGGAAACACUGGUACGAGCGGAGCCGCCGACGGACUGAGUUUGACACGAGAGGCAAAGAUUAGACUCUGUCACGUUUCUUCAGUCGAUCCAUUGAACCGGCAACAUUUUCUUUGGCUCCAAACAUUUAAACUUUCAUUAGGUUUUAGCUUGAAUCGAAUCAUUUACAGUAACUUAAGAGUGAAACUGGAAUUUCUUUUACCGAAGAAAAAACUCCCACUGAACUUAUUUUAACCAGCGGCAGUUAUGGACGCUUCAUUUUCAUAAUUAACUACUUGACCCAAAAUCCUCUCUGUCAAACUCGCUCCAUCCGCAGCUCGACGUUGAGACUGUGAGGGAGAGAAUGUGCAUGUCAAACUUUUUUAAUACGGUACGUUAAAGAUAGAGAAAAUAAAUAAAAUGAGUUGUGAUGAUGCUGAAACUUGAAGAGUCGAUACAUGAAGGAUGCUUGUGUACGAUGGAGGAGAUCAUAUCUUUAUCCUAUUUUCAGAAGAAUGAGACAAACAGAUGAUUCAAUGGUACUUUUUUUUUUUCACAUCCCAGGAACCUCUGAGCAGACGGUGUUUAUUUCAUGUGCAAAAAAAAAAAAAAAGAAAUGUUUCAACUUUUUGUUCAUGGACUUUUUUUUUAAUUGAUCAAUGUUAGAAAACAAACUCACUUAUUUUCUAUUUCAGGUUUAUUUUUCUGCUACAUUAAAAAAUGUAAAUCUUUUUCCUGUUAACCGACAGGUCAAAGGUUCAAAUCCUGAUAGAGCCAAAGUUUCCAUCAGCAGCCACGGUUCUUCACUCAGUUUUUAAAUUUUAGUGUUAAUGCUUCGGUCUUUAAUUGUUUCACUGGGGCAGGAAUGACAUCAAUACAACCGACAACAGUGAAUAUUGUCGUCAACACUUUAUGGCUCCAACUGAUUAUUUUGAUUAUUGGUUUUUUAUCUGCUCCUUGUUUUCUUUGUUAAGUUUCUGAAAUAUCAAAAAAUACUGAAAGUGUUCUUCAGUUUCCCAGAAUUAAAGACAAUGUCAUUGUUUGUGCAACCAACAGUUCAGAGCUCAAAGAUUUUCACUUUCCAGUGAUGCAGAACAAUAAAAGCAGAAAACACUCACAA